GCUGAAUCACUCUCAGUCAUCUGGCAAGUAUAUAACGUGCCAAAAUAAGUGCGAGUAAAUAAUAGAUUAAUUUUUACACAAAACAUUCAUUAGUUUUCGCUUAAAUUAAUUACAUUCACAACGUGUGACAUAAACAACCAAUGAAAUUCCCAAAUUGUUUUGGAUUAUUGUUUAAGAAGAUAUAGAUAACAAUAAAAUAAGGAUUGACAAGUACAACUUCACGAAACAACUAACAUAAUUUUAAAAUUAGCAGUUUAAAGACGCCAUGGAAAUUUCAAGAAAACUAAAUCAGUUUGGAGAUUAUGAUGAUACUACUGAUAUGUCUGUAGAUGACUGGGGAGAGAGAUGGAACAAAUCACAAACACAAUUUCAUGUUUCACGAGCUCAUCCGAUGUUAGAAAAACAUUACACAGCUUUGACCGAUGGAAAGUCUUCACAGCGGAUCUUUCUGCCGCUGUGUGGCAAGUCUAUUGAUUUGAAAUGGUUAGCCGAUAAAGGUCAUGAUGUGGUCGGAUGUGAAGGCGUUGAUCUAGGCUGUCGAGAAUUCUUUGAAGAACAAAACAUUCCAUACAAAACAGAGCCCAUUAACGGCAUUGACGGCCUCCUUUAUAAAGCCACAGAUGGACGAAAAAUAUCAAUAUACAGAUGCGAUUACUUUAAAUUGUCAAGCUCUGUGAUAGGAACGUUUGACUGUGUUUGGGAUAGAGGAUCAUUUGUUGCUGUAGGUGCACACAUGCGUCAAGAGUAUAUUAAUGUAACUAUUCCCCUUCUAAAGAAGAACACUAAAUAUUUACUGGACUGCUUUUUGGUAGAUAACAAAGUGUUUGGAGGUCCACCAUUUAACUGUACUGAACAGGAUGUCAAAAAAUAUUUCGGAAAAGCAUGUUCAUCACGAAAAAUCGAUACAAAGAAUGCAUUUGGAAAGUGGCAGGAGAGUUGGGGAAUAAAGUCUUUCGUAGAGGAGGUGUAUAUGCUAACAAUGAAGUAGAAAUGACACGCGGUGCAUGAAUGUGCGGAUUGUAGUUAUAUUAAAGGCAAUAAGAACGAGAUCAUGUAUAGCUUACUCCAUUUGUCAUGUUUAUUGCAUAAUUUUCAAAUGGAAGAACUAUUUCAACAGCAUUACACCAUCCUUGUAUUGUUUUUCAUAUGUUUAUCAAAUACAUUUCACUUGUCAUUGUACCUUCAUCAUAUUUGCUAUAUUUGCAUUCUAAAUUGUUCGUUAGGCAAACGAAACUUCGAAUAACAGUGAAGAAUAUAUGAGAUAAAUUUGGAGUCUACCUGGUUCUUUUCUUAGCGACUAAAGAAAAGUUAGUUAUUUCAAAGUGUAAUGCUCCAAUGCUGUUCAAUAUUCGUUGCUUACAAGAAACAACGUUUAACAUUUUAUUGUAUUU